CCGUGAUGAUUUGGGCUUCCCUUUUCUCUCUUGGCAAGGCUUUGGCGUCUCCUCCUCCGAUGCGAUUGAGCCCCCCGGCAGGCACCGAUACCCUGACAUGGUCGAUGAUGCCUCGCGGCGCUUCUAUAGCCGCCAUACCAACCGUCGCACUCCACCACCACCGUGGCCCCCGUCGCCCCCCUCCAUGCCCCGUCUCUCUCUCUCUCUCUCUCUCGCCCCCCAGCCCCGAUGCGAACAAGGCCAGGUUGUGGUCGUUGAGAGUUUAGGAGUCAGCUGCUUUCGUGCACUGGUGGCUGCACCAGAUUCAGUAAGUAGCGUCUGCAACUGUCCUUGAUAAAAGCAAGCUCAGCUGUUUCUUGGGAGCGCAACUUCCCUCCCCUUUGACAUUUCCUUUGAAGGAAUACUUGCAAGAUAACCUUGAAGUAAAGAGGCAGAGGCUAUGGAUGCAGUAGAUUGUGCCGAGAGGACGACGGGUGAUCUGUUGAUUGGCCCUGAAUGGGGUAUUAACAUUGAACUAUACGAUACCCAGGGAAGGUAAAGGAGGUGAUGAAGAUCCUUAAGAAGCGCCUGGGCAAUAAAGAUCCAAAAAUACAGCUUCUGAUCCUCUAUGUGAUGGAGACUCUUAGCAAAAACUGUGGCAAUAGUGUAUUUCAGAAUACUAUUGAGUUUGAUAUCCUACAGGAAAUGGUUAGAAUGGUGUUCAAAAAGCCAGAUUUUAAUGUGAUGGAGAAGUCAUUGGCAUUGAUAGAUACAUGGCGAGAAGCUGUAGGGGGACCAAGGGGAAGGUAUCCUCAAUACUAUUCUGCAUACAAUGAGUUGAAGACUGCUGGAGUUCGCUUUCCACCCCGAGAAAGAAAAGAUGUACCAUUUUUCACUCCGCCCCCAUCUCAUGGAGUUCAUUCUACCUUAGCAUUCAGCAGUGCUGAAAUUAACAUAAACAUAUCAUUGUCUGUUUAAAUAUUUUUGCAGCUGUUGGUGAUAUGAGUCUGUAUACUUAGCUUGCUUGGAAACUUACAUUAAAAGAUGAAUUUAAUUGGAGGACCUUAAUUUUCUAGCUAGCAAUAUAUCCCUCAGAAAGCAUAUCAUUGUCUGUUGAGUUGAUGAUUAAUUUUGCUGAAAUUAAUCUAACGGGGCAUAGUUUAGAUCUUAAGCUUGGUAUAUGGGUGUGACAAAGAGGAUGUAAUAGGUUCUCAUAGUAGUAAGAACUUGAAUUGAUCUCCCCUUUUAGUAA